CCACCUCGAAACAGGGGCACAGAGCACAAUGAUUGGCGCACUUUUCUGGAGCGGAGAAGGAAGAACUCGGCUUCCUCCUUGGGCCCAGACUGGAACCUCCUCCCCGCCCCGGCAACUCUCCAUCCUUCACCGUUCACGGUGUGUUUGCGGAGACGCGGAGCACACAGGUAGAGGAUUGGAUGACGUCUUCCAGGGUCUUGCGCCAUGCCUACCGUCUUGGCAAUGGAUAUCUCCAAGAUACCACCGCCGUAUCUCCGUCCGAGUGGCCAUCCAAGAAAUAGGUUCCGAUCUAGCUUAUUUGUAAUCAUUAGUAGACGCGUGGAACGAAGAGAAGCUUAAAACUUAAAAAGAUGUUGAGCUAUCCCAUCCCGUCCCAAGAUUGUUUCCAUCCGGUAUCCGUCCACCGUGUUCUGUGAUCGACAAACCUCCAGGUCAAAACCUUCAAGAUGCUCAGCAAGACCAUCUUCACCACCCUUCUGGGCUUCGCAUCUCUUACCAAUGCUGCUACGAAGUGCCCCGUUGCCGACGUUUCCGCCAUUGCCCACACUGGUACCCCAAUUGGCGAGGAGGUCAAAUACAAUGGGCUGACCCAAUAUGUCACCAAGCCGAGCACGCGUGGUAACAGGACUGUUGGCGUCCUGUACCUGACCGACGUUUUCGGCAUUCAGCUCGCGCAAAACAAGCUGCUUUCCGACAGCUUCGCUCGCGCCGGUUACAUCUCCGUCGCGCCGGACCUGUUCAACGGCAGCCCGGCCCCGAACGACAUCAACAUCCCCGGCUUCAACACAACGGCAUUCCUUGCGCAGCACGGGCCCAAUGUCACUGACCCGAUCAUCGCCAACUCCAUCAAGUACCUGCGCGAGGAGCUCGGCGUGAGCAAGGUCGCCGUCACGGGAUACUGCUUCGGAGGCCGCUACACGUUCCGCGUCCUCGCUGAGGGCAAGGGCGCCGACGUCGGUUUUGCCGCGCACCCGAGUCUGCUCACCGACGAGGAGAUCACGGCCAUCACCGGCCCCGCGAGUGUCGCUGCCGCCGAAACUGACAACCUCAUGACACCCGCUCGUCGUGCCGAGGUCGAGGCCCUGCUCGGUGAGACUGGCCAGCCCUUCUCUCUCGCUGUGCAUGGUGGCACCUCGCACGGAUUCGGCGUUCGCGCCGACAUUUCGGACCCCAGGCAGAAAUUUGGCAAGGAGGAGGCUUUCUUCCAGGCUGUCCGCUUCUUUGACACCUGGGCUUGA